CUUGUCGUUUCACCUUUAUGGUUCCCUCCAUUUCUCCCCUCACUGUGGCGCCACCUGCUGGUGAAAACCGACAUGGACGUGUAGUAAAGGUUCAGAGUUGAGGCAUCAGCAUCUGAUUGGUCUGAGUAGUUUUGUAGCCCCUCCCUUUUCCAGGCCUGUGAUUGGCCAGGAGCAGCUGUCAGUGUGGAGCUUCCGCAUCACCGCUCUCAUCAUCAUCAUCAUCACACACACACACACACACACACACAGACAGAUGGAGAACGGAGCAGAGCUGAGCAUCAUCAUCAUCAUCUACAGAGAUAAAGAGGAAACGCUGGACUUUAUUUAUUUAUGAGAAGAUUAGUGAGGACGGCUCUGAGCACCAUAAUCCACCAGGAGAGAGGAACUGAGAGGGACAGACGGACGGAUGGAAGGAUAGAGGGAAGGAUAGAGGGAAGGAUGAGUGGAUGCUGAAAGAUUGAAGUGCUCGUUUUUCUCAAUAAAAAUGGCCGCACACGUCGUAAUAACAUGCAGGAGACUACAAACGGGAUUUGUGAAUUAAUUCAGACUGGGACUGUUAGUGCACCUGCGCACACACACACACACACACACACACACACCGGGUGUGCUCUCAGAUGAAGAAGGACGACAUGCGGCGUAAAGCCCCGAUGCCAUGAUGACGGCCGUGUACCCGGCCGAUGUGGGCGUGCCGUCGGCUGCGUGUCCUCAGCGUCACUCCCGCUGUACCGGGCAGGACAGCUCGGACGUGUUAACGGAUGAUGAAGGUGUGCCGGAGCGCAGACGCACGCCGCUCGAGCAGCUCAACCUGGACAUGUGUCAGGACGACAGAGUGGUGCGCGAGAUCACCAUCGGCCGCCGCAUCGGCUUCUACAAGAUCUGCGGAGAGAUCGGCUGUGGGAACUUCUCUCACGUCAAACUGGGGGUCCAUGCACUCACCAAAGAUAAGGUGGCCAUUAAGAUCCUGGACAAGACCAAACUGGAUCAGAAGACCCAGAAGCUGCUGUCUCGCGAGAUCUCCAGCAUGGAGAAGCUCCAACAUCCCAACAUCAUCCGGCUGUACGAGGUGGUGGAGACGCUGACACGCCUGCACCUGGUGAUGGAGUACGCCGGAGGGGGCGAGCUGUACACCAAAAUCACCAUGGAGGGAAAACUGUCCGACAUCGACAGCAAAAUCGUCUUCUCACAGAUCCUCUCUGCCGUCAAACACAUGCACGACAACAACAUCAUCCACCGUGACCUGAAAGCUGAAAACGUCUUCUUCGCCUGCAGCACGUGUGUGAAGGUGGGUGAUUUCGGGUUCAGCACAGUGAGCCGGCGUGAUGAGACCCUCAGCACGUUGUGCGGUUCUCCGCCAUAUGCGGCGCCCGAGCUGUUCCGUGACGAGCGCUACGUGGGCGUGUACGUGGACAUCUGGGCUCUGGGCGUGAUGCUGUUCUUCAUGGUGUCGGGCACCAUGCCGUUCCGCGCAGACACGGUGGCUAAGCUGAAGCGCUGCAUCCUGGACGGAGCGUUCUCGGUGCCGGCGUGGGUUCCGGAGCCGUGUCAGCGUCUGAUCCACGGCAUCCUGCAGCCACAGCCGUCCGAGCGCUGCAGUCUGGAGCGGAUGAUGAACAGCGAGUGGCUGGAGAACGUCGACUUCCCCAAAGCCACGGAGCCGUUUAAGCUGGACCCGCUGUACCUGGCGGAGGAGGAGGAUCUGGAGGAGGACGAAUGCGAGGUGAAGAACAGCCUGCAGGCGCUCGGCAUCACCACCGAACACAUCCGCAACAACCAGGGCAAAGACUGCAGGAGCUCGGUGACCGGCGUCUACCGCAUCCUGCUGCACCGUGCACACCGGCGCCGCGCCUUCGAGAGCAUGCCGCUCGUCACGCACAACGUCAGCGAGCCUAACGAGGCUAAGAAGGAGCGGCUAAAGACCUACAAGAGCCUCAGACACACGUCCAAACUCUGCGCCAUUUUGUGACGUCUGAAAUAAAUAAACGCGUAUUUUUUACAGUCAGUAGAUGCACUUCAAGGCGACUGGCCUGGUUUUAUUUUAUAAUUAUGACACUUGUUAAGGUCACCACACUUGUUUCUGAGUAACAGGUGUCUCUGGAUCAUCAAGGGCGGAGCUUAGGUUCCAUUUUUUUAUCCAAUCACAAACCACGAUCGUUUACUUGCCGUUAGCGAGUCUGCUAGUAAACCUGGUUAGCAGCGUAAUAUCACAAAGCUAAUGCUGGAGAGGUAACGUUAAUGUUAGAGAAAACUAGUCACCAGACUGCUAUAUCAUUAUAUUUUGUAAAUGAAACUUUUCAGAAGAAAUAAAAGUAAACACUAGCUACGAUGUCACUUAAUCAUGUUUGCGAUUGACACACUUGUCUUAAACGUAUACAGUGAUGGAGAACAUUUUUAAAAUAUGUGGUCGAAAAUGAACACAGCACUGCGCUACGGUUGAUUAGCUUACUAGUUAGCUAAUGUUACCUCACAGCAAUGUGCUUUUUUACAUUAUUACUAUUAGCUAGCUAAUUUGACUAGCAAGCUAACAACAAUUCGUCUAACUUUUAUAAUGUUUAAGUAAAACCAGUAGCCAUGUUUGUUAGCAAGCUAGCUAACGUUAGCUAACCAGUUAUAUUAGCAAAGACUAAACUGGGUGCAUGUAGCAUUUCCCCCUCGGUCUCUGUGAGAAAUUUCUGUUGUUUAAAAGCUGUGUUGUUGUUCCUUGUUAUUACAUCCACAACAGUGAUUUGUGGGUUUUAUGUGUUUUUGAAGGUUAUGAUCAACUUUUCAGAUAAAAAUCAAAGCUACAUGAUGUUCCCUUUUUCACAAAUGUAGCCAGUUACUUAAUGUAUGUUUUGGUGUCGCUAAUAGUUUCACCGAAAAUCCUCAGACUAGUCCGUGACCUCUUCACUACAUCUCUACAUCACGUCUUCGCUAAUCAGCUACAUUCAUCACUGUUUUUCAUUGAAUUAUUUUUAAAAAAUGUUUUGGAUUAGCCAGUUGCUGAAUGUUAGCAGGUUUUUGCUACCGCUACACAGUCAGAACCUCUUGCCCUUGUGGCUUAUGAAGUGCACUUUAGAAUAUUUUUGUUUUUACCAGCCCUUUAGUGGAUAGCUAGUGUUGUUUUUAUGUUCAAUACUUGAACCUGAACAUUACUACUGGUGGUUUCUAUUAAAAAAAAAAAAAAGAAAGAAAUAAUA